GCUUCUUGAUUAGGGUCAAGCCUGAAAUCUUGUCUCUGCUUACUAAGAAGGUUCGCUCGUCUGAGACAGGUAUUUUAAACCUUAAAGGGCAUUUCUUUACAAGAAGAAUCCGUUGAAAAAAACCCGUCAAGAAGGAUGACUAACUUUUGGAAGGCAGUGAUUGUCCUGUGUGCGCUCGUCCCUGCAGCACAGAGUCUGCGGUGUCGACAGUGUCCCCUCGGUAUAUUUGGGUCUUGUUUGUUUGGGAGCGACGUCACAUGUAAUAAUGCCACUGAGAGCUGCCACCGUGGAGAAGCACAGUUCAAUGCUACAGGGUCACUCACUCUGCAAAUCCGCGGCUGUCUGGACUCGGACCUGUGCGGCAAGACGCUGACCGGCAGCAUCCUGGGAGCUGGUUACACCACCAGUUUCCAGUGUUGCACAACAGAUCUGUGUAACGCAGCCGGUUCUCUCCAGCUCCCUCUGACCGUGGCUCUCUGUGCUGCUAUACUGUCCUCUCUCUGGGGCACGUGGGAUCUGUAGUUUUACAAGCUUGUCUCGGUUGCUAGAAGUCAUAAGUAGACUUUUUUUUUAAAUGUUUUCUUACUUGAACUAAACAGUGAAACUCAUCAUUUGAAUCAAGUUUGUGAUUGUUAAGUGAAAACAAGAAUUCUGCACUUUUUCUUUCAGCUUUUAAAUCAUCUAUUUUCAUUUCUAUAAAUGUAGUUCUUCAUCAACAUUGAGAGAUUGUUGUUUGUUUCGUUCAACUUUCUUGACUCCAUUAAAAGGUGAAAACUUUUAGACUAUGAAGUAAAAAAAAUAAAUCUGGAGAGAAUUCAAAAUGUCUCCACUCUGAUUUGUUCCUCGCAGCGCAGGACAGGAAAAUCUAUUUUUCAGUUUUUCUUUUUUUUAAAUUCCCUAAUAUUUUACUUGUUAAAUGGAAAGAGCUAGUUUGUCUUUUAUAAGGAAGAACAAACCCUUAGAUAAUUAGCUUUAUUAAGUUUGACAAAACGCAACAAAUACUGAUAAAAUCCCACAAAACAAAGUGUCCUGGUGUUAAACUGAGUGACGGAGGGUCAAGUGGUGUGAAAACAAACAUCCACCCUGUCUUUAAGAAAACAUUGACUCCAUUCAGCCUCCUGAGUGACAAAAUAAAAACAGGCUUAUUAGCAUUUAAUAAGCAGGGCUUGGUUUGUCAGGAGGAUCUCUGCUGUGACGUGUUGUCAACACUCACCAAACAGAGUCAUCAGUGCUCCAUUGUUGUCUCCACAAACAACCUGAUGAUCAGAUUGAACCUGUGUCACCACCUGACCUGUGAGACAUGAGAGAGACUGAGGACGCCCUCUAGUGUUUCACAAGCGUAACAACAGGCUGAAUACAAAAAUG